AUGUGCCUGAGAUACAGAAGACAUUGCCUAUACGAAAAACAUUCGAGGACUCCACUUACGAGGAGGCACUUAACGGAAGUUGAAGAAAGAUUAGAGCAAGCGGAGGCUUUGAUCAGACAACUAAGAGCUACGCAGCCACCGCAAACGUUGUUAAGCGAAGGAUCUACUAAUGUACUUGCUUCGCCCAACCAGCUAUCUGAGGCUAAUACCAGACAAUUCACCAAUAGCAACUUGUCUAUGGACGGAUCACAUUUGCAACAGUCAUCAGUUCUUAGUAUUCAUGAUGGUUUGGCCUCAGAUUCCACGCUCAACGCAAAUAUUCCAAAGAAAGUUUUUGGUGAUGGCCCAAUGACCCAGCAGAUUAUGGGGGCCUCAGAGCAAGUUGAGAGUUCUGAUAAGUCUCAGGAUGACGAAUUCGAAAGCCCACCCUCAACAGGCGACUUUGGUUGGAAUGAGCAUGGGGCUAUCCAGCAGAUUCUAGAUGGCAUGGCAUCUCUGACAGUCUCAGAGCAGCGAACCGACACUAUGAUCGAUGCCUAUUUCAGAAUAUAUCACCUCAGUUAUCCGAUUGUCCACGAACCAACUUUCCGAGCUCAGUAUUCGGAAGUCAUUCGAAGGCCUAACGGCGGAUCUUGGUAUAUCUUGGCAUAUGUUAUGGCAGCCCUUGGAGUCUAUACGACCGCAACGGAUCUGAAUAACCUGGAUUUAGAUAUCUUUCAGCACACCAAAUCUCUCCUCACAUUUGACAUACUUGAAGUUGGAAGCUUAACAAUGGUCCAAGCCCUGACUUUAAUUUCCAACUAUCAACAAAAGAGAGAUAAGCCGAAUUCUGCGUAUAGUUACUCGGGAUUGGCGGCCAGAAUGGCUAUGGCGCUUGGGCUGCACAAGGAUUUUCAGGGAUGGAAAAUCCCACCUUUAAGCAUGGAGAUCCGACGCAGAGUUUGGUGGACGAUGAGUAUAUUUGACAUUGGUGCUACCAUCACGUUUGGUCGACCGCAAGUGUGCCCGUUCGACGGUGUCGACAUAGCGCUGCCCAGGAAUGUUCAUGACAAGGAUCUCACUGCGAUGUCUAGUUCAUAUCCUCCUGAUCCGGAAGAAAUAACUGUUUACACAGCGGUACGAACGCAAGCAAGAUUUUUUAUCGCCACAAACCCCAUAUACCUCAGAAUUAUCUCAAAGCCUUUGCCCAGUGCCCGCGAGCUACUCCAAUUGGAGGCUCAGUGCAUAGGAUCGUGGGCAGAAAAGACGCCGUCUUACUUCUCGGAAACAGCAGCCAUACCGCCCACUUCUGUCUUUUCCCACUCCGUCAUGCAAUGGAGAUGGCGAAACUUUCGCAUGAUCAUGUACCGCCCUUUUGUCAUCCGGCGAGCUUUAUUAGCGCGCAGCGGUCGUCGGGACAAUUCGAGUCCAGAAUCGCUGCAGGCUUACGAGCGAUGCUUGGAGGAUGCUAAACAGAGCAUAUUGUCGAUCAGUGCAUUCUGGGCUGCAAAUGACCACAACCGUCUCUUCGCGUGGUAUGCAUUAUAUUUCCUUUUCCAGGCUGCUCUGAUCCCUUGUAUCUGCCUGCAAAACGAAUCUUCUUCCUCAAACGCACCGGAUUGGCGUGAUCAAAUUGUUACCUCUUUAAAAGUUAUUGCGGCCUUGGUACCAGUAAAUCCAAGCGCUAGACGGUGCUACCAAGUUCUUGUCAGCCUCUGUGGAGCCCAUCUCGAUACACCGAUGCCUCUUCUUCCCGAGGAUGUCAACUCAGAAGAAACCCUCGUUCUUCAAUCAGAAGACGUUGGUGGUUUUAAUAGCGCAAUAUACCGUCAGGCUUCAGAUGCAGACGGGGAUAGACAAAUGAUGUCCGGGGUUGACUCAAACGAUCAGAUGAACGCGGUUUUUGGCAUGAUGUGGCCCAACACGCUUUUCGAUACUGCCGAGAAGGGACAUGAUGAUUCUUGGAUGGAUUUUCUCAAUGGGAUAUAG